GGUUUUUAUCAUUCUUUGGAGGAACUUUGUGUGAGAUUGGAAAGCCAGAAAUGCAACAAAAAGUGAAUUCAUUCCUUGACAAAGAAGGAAUAGAGAAAAUUGCAGAGAGAUUGCAAACAACAGUGCACACCUUACAAGUCAUCAUGGAUGGUCUCAGUCAACCUGAAAGCUUUGACUUUCGAACAGAUUUUGAUAAACCUGAUUUCAAGAGAAGCAUAGUCUGCCUGGAAGACCUGCAGGUUGGAACAAUUCUUACAGGCAAAGUCGAGAAUGCCACUCUCUUUGGCAUUUUUGUUGAUAUAGGAGUGGGAAAAUCAGGUCUGAUUCCCAUACGAAAUGUAACAGAAGCAAAACUUUCUAAAACAAAGAAGAGAAGGAGUCUCGGACUGGGCCCUGGAGAAAGAGUGGAAGUUCGUGUACUCAACAUUGAUAUUCCCCGAUCUAGGAUUACUCUGGACCUCAUUCGAGUGUUGUGAGUGGCUCACUGAAGGCCAAAUGCUAAUUUUAUUUUCUCACUUAUUUGAAUUAGCAAGAAUUAGUCAGAUGUUUGUGAAUUCUAGCUAGCAGAUGAGGAGAAAUUCACUUAAUACAAGAAGUAAUUUCUAAAUACUUUUCUUAUUUUUCCUUCUAAAUAAAUAGAAAACUAACAGUUGGGUUUCUUUUCCCCUUGAAGAAGAAAACUAAUAGACAUCUUUAUGUGGCUUUAUGUAGUAAUGAUUUUCUGACCAGAACUUUAUUUUUUGUAAUUCAUCUUUUGACUAUUUUUGCAUUUUGUAUAACAGAUUGUUUCACUUCUGCAACAUCCCUUGCUGGACUUGUAUGGAAAUAUCUUCUUGAUUUGAAUUGUACAGUAUUUCUUGACAUAGUAGAACUGGCAGUAGUUAAUCCUUCCUUUUUAUGGAUCUUUAUAAUCAGGGCUUUUGGAUGUGUUCAUGAUCGUGACAGACCAAAACAGAUCUUGAUGUAAUCAUCAAGUAAAUGGAUUGAAACAUUUCUCAGAGGAUGUAUGUAUUGACCCUUCCAAUAAAGUUUGUGACUAGUGAUCUUGUUUUUUGCUAUGUGAUUCAGUGAAUGACCUAGGAGUUGAUCUUGAUUAAAGAUAUGGCACUUAUUCAUGCAAAUUUCAUAUGAACCAGGUAUGCUUUUGGGGAAGAGAGAAGCUUCUGGAAACUUGAAGAAUGAUUUUGUUUAAUGUAGCACAAAAGGGAAUCAUCUUUCUUAAGCAGUAAGAUUAAGCUUCAAAUGGGGAUAGAAAUGGUCUUUCUUAAGACUGAAUAUAGAACAGGUGUGAAAGAGAAAGAAAAACAAGCAGAUAAAAUAAGUGACUCUUAACUCUGUUUUUAUUCAAUGGAAAUGGUAUUAGCAUAACCAUUCAGGUCAAAAUGAGUUAAAUAAAACCCACAUUGGUCUUGUCAAUUCAGACUAUUGCUGUUGUUGUUGUUGAAUUGCCUAAUGGAUCAUUUGCAUAACUGAAUGGACACCUGGAUUUUUCCUUGUGAGAUAGGUGGAAGAUGGUUACUAAAGAGGAUGACCAAUCCUGCUUAUUUGCUGUGACAGUCCUGAUAAAAAGUUGUUGUCCUAGCAUACUUUAUAAUAGUGCCUCUUUUUAUUCCCAACGUGCCCCAUUUUGGAUCAUAUCAUCACCUUAAUAGUAACAGCCCAUUACAAAUCUGGUAAAUUCCAAGUUCUGCCAAUAUGGUUUGCUAUUUUCAAAAUAUGCAGCCUUUCAACCUGUGUGCAUAGAUCUUUUUAAUGCAGUAGAUUCCUUAAAAGUUGUAUAAACUCAAGUUGUUUGCCUGAUGAUUUCAUUUCUCAAUAUUUUUUUCUUUCUUUUUUUUUUUUAAUUGGUCUUUACCUGACAAUGGAAUGUAGUGUUUUAACUUGAUUUUCUUACUCCUCCAAGUGCUCUUCCUGGUUCAUAACAUGUAUAUCAGUGGUGAGAGCUAUGCACCUGAAGAGACUUAUUCUAGAGCCUGAGAUGUAUUUUCAAAUAAAUGUUUGUGAAAAGAGGGCUUCUCUCUGGGCACUUUGAAUAUAGGGGACCAUAGUAGUUGACAGUAUGAAGCAGCUCUGUUGACUUGUUAGCUAAGUUCUUGUGGACACAAGGGGGACUAAUUAUUGUACUAGACUAUGUGAUUUUGCCCUGUCCAGCCCAAACAUAAUGGACGCUUUUUAAGAUCUAGGCUGAAAGAAGAGAGGUGAUAUCUCAUCUUUGUAAGCCCAGAAUAUAGCAUGGUGUUGUAACAGGGUGGUCCCCAGGAAAGGGGGAGGUUCCCUGCCCCACCCAAGGGAGGGUGGAGCUGAGCAGGAAGAAGAGAAGCUGCAGAAGAGACUGAGGAAGGAAGCAGGAUGGAGCCAGGAGACCUGGAGGAGGCGCAUGGAGCCUAGAGACACGUGAAGAAACUGUGCUUGUCUUUUGGUCGUGGACUGGGUGACACAGAUGUGGGUGAGACCUGUGGGGAGGUGACAAUGGCGGCUUUUAUCUUGAUGUUGAUUUUUCUCUUUUCCUUCCGGGCUUGUCUGGUUGUUUCUGGCCCUUUUCUGUGGGUCCCCACUGGAAGAUGCUUUAGACUUGUGGCAG